AAAAGUCCUCCCCAGGCGGCUCGAAGGAAGUCCGUUCUCGCUCUUUCUCCCUCUCCCUCUCCCUCGUUGCUGUUUUGGGGAAUUUCGUCUCCUGCUUGCUCUCUCCGCCCUUUCGGUUCUCUGGUCGCGCCUUUCCCUUUUCCUCUUUGCCGGAGGAGAGGUUCGAAAGCAGAGAACGGUCGGACUGGUUCAAUCUUUGGCUUUGGAAAGAGGCAAAGAGAAGGAGAGAUGGUGAGGGGUCUGCUAAAGAGCGUUGUUUCCCGGUCGCUCUCCGUCGCCGGCAAAUGGCAAAACCAGCAGCUCCGGCGGCUCAACGUUCACGAGUAUCAGGGUGCUGAAUUGAUGAGUAAGUAUGGCAUAAAUGUUCCAAAAGGAGUUGCAAUUUCUUCUGUUCAAGAGGUGAAAAAUGUGAUCCAAAGUACCUUCCCUAACGAAGAGGAAUUAGUUGUUAAGAGUCAAAUUCUUGCUGGUGGAAGAGGCUUGGGGACAUUCAAAAGUGGUCUUAAGGGUGGAGUCCACAUAGUGAAAGCUGGUGAUGUUGAAGAAAUUUCUGGAAAAAUGCUUGGUCAGAUUCUUGUCACAAAACAAACUGGUCCUCAAGGGAAACCUGUGAACAAGGUUUACUUGUGCCAAAAGAUGUCACUUAUCAAUGAAAUGUACUUUGCUAUAACUCUUGAUAGAACGACUGCGGGUCCGAUAAUAAUUGCCUGUAAAAAAGGUGGAACAAGUAUAGAAGACCUUGCAGAGAAAUUCCCGGACAUGAUCAUAAAGGUGCCUAUUGAUGUUUUCAAAGGGAUCACCGAUGAAGAUGCUGCCAAGGUUGUUGAUGGCUUAUCGCCAAAGUUGGCUGAUAGGAAUGCAUCCAUUGAACAAGUGAAGAAGCUCUAUAAGCUUUUCUGCGAGUGUGAUUGCACACUUCUAGAGGUAAAUCCCAUGGCUGAGACUUCUGAAGGCCAGUUGGUAGCAGCCGAUGCAAAGUUGAAUUUUGAUGAUAAUGCUGCUUUUCGUCAGAAAGAAAUAUUUUGUCUUCGUGAUUCAUCUCAAGAGGACCCUAGAGAGGUUGCUGCAGCGAAAGCAGACCUGAACUACAUUGGAUUGGAUGGGGAGAUUGGGUGCAUGGUGAAUGGAGCAGGGUUGGCAAUGGCAACCAUGGAUAUAAUUAAACUGCACGGUGGAACACCUGCCAAUUUUCUAGAUGUUGGUGGAAAUGCCUCAGAGAGCCAGGUGGUGGAGGCAUUCAAAAUUUUAACAUCUGAUGACAAGGUGAAAGCAAUAUUGGUGAACAUAUUUGGGGGCAUCAUGAAAUGCGAUGUAAUUGCAAGUGGCAUUGUCAAUGCUGCCAAACAGGUCGCCCUCAAAGUACCUGUUGUUGUUCGCCUGGAAGGAACCAAUGUUGACCAUGGGAAGAGAAUUUUGAAGGAGAGUGGGAUGACAAUCAUCACAGCGGAGGAUUUGGAUGAUGCAGCACAAAAAGCUGUAAAAGCCUCAGCCAAGUAAUCUAUUAGACCUCUUCAGAGCGGUUAUGGUGCUUUUUGAAUAAUUAUUUCUUUUUAAAAUGCAAAUGCUUUGUUAUAUAAUUGGUUCUCUGGGUAAGCCGAGCCAGAGAUUGAUAAAAUUUUCUUUUUUUUCCAAUUUGCGGAGGGUGAGCCCUGUCCAUUCUUUACUGUGUUUACAAAACCAACAGAUUAGCUAUUGCCUAUGGAUCUAGUUACGGCAUCAUAAAUGCUGUCUAUUUGUUUCCCUUUGCCUUUUAGGAUAUAUUCCACUAGGAAUUUUACAAUGUAACCCGCACAGAUAAAUGAGCUUCAAAAGAUAGAAAUAUUUUCGUCUGGAAAACUGAUUCCUUAAGUCUGCGCACUUCCGCUAAGGGUUUCAGGAUGAAGUCUGUACCUUUGUAUUUUUUAUGUAUUUUUCUGAGUUAAAAAUUGUCAUCGCUGAUCAAAUAGUGAAGAGGUUACUACUGCCUUUGUUUCA